AGCCUCCGAUGUUCUUCUUCCGGGUCGCAAAAAUUAGCGCAGCCGUGAAUGCAAGCUAGCUGUUGGUAGCUGUCUAUUACUAGAACAACCAGAGGGGCGAUAUAAUAGGACAUUUGAACACUCACUGAAAUACUUGAAGGAGUCUUCUCAUCCAAACACAUGACACAGCGAUGCCGGGACUCAGCUGUCGAUUUUACCAGCACCGCUUCCCCGAGGUGGAGGAUGUCGUCAUGGUGAACGUGAGGUCCAUCGCAGAGAUGGGCGCUUACGUCAGCCUGCUGGAAUACAACAACAUCGAGGGCAUGAUCCUCCUCAGCGAGCUCUCGCGUCGACGUAUUCGCUCCAUCAACAAGCUCAUCCGCAUCGGACGCAACGAAUGCGUGGUGGUCAUCCGAGUAGACAAAGAGAAAGGAUACAUUGAUCUUUCAAAAAGAAGAGUUUCCCCGGAGGAGGCCAUCAAGUGCGAAGAUAAAUUCACCAAAUCUAAAACUGUGUACAGCAUCUUGCGACAUGUGGCAGAAGUGUUGGAGUACAGUAAAGACGAGCAGCUGGAAAGCUUGUACCAGCGCACCGCCUGGGUCUUUGACGAGAAGUACAAGCGGCCGGGAUACGGAGCUUAUGACGUCUUCAAACAGGCCGUGUCCGAUCCUUCCAUCCUCGGCGAUCUGGACUUGACAGAAGAAGAGCGAGCCGUGCUGAUCGACAACAUCAACAGGCGACUCACCCCACAGGCCGUCAAAAUCCGAGCAGACAUUGAAGUAGCGUGUUAUGGAUACGAGGGCAUCGACGCUGUGAAGGAAGCACUGAGGGCCGGACUAGGCUGUUCUACAGAGGCCAUGCCCAUCAAGAUUAAUCUCAUUGCUCCUCCACGUUACGUGAUGACCACCACUACACUGGAACGCACAGAAGGUCUGUCGGUCCUCAACCAGGCCAUGGCUGCCAUCAAGGAGAAGAUCGAGGAGAAGAGAGGCGUCUUUAACAUCCAAAUGGAGCCCAAGGUGGUGACAGACACAGACGAGACGGAGCUGGCCAGGCAGCUGGAGAGGCUAGAGCGGGAAAACGCCGAGGUGGACGGAGACGACGACGCCGAGGAGAUGGAGGCUAAAACGGAGGACUAGAGUCUGUCCUCAGGGAAGACGAUGUUAACGAUGUUGGACCGUUAUAGUCCAGUCACACUGCAAAACAUCAACUUCUAUUAAAAGUGCGAGCUUAGGACUUUUUAGAGAAGUUGAUGUUUGCCUGGGUUGUCCUUGUCCUCAAGGAAGGCGGAACAACACCUUGCGCUUCUAUUUUUAAUGACAUCACAUUGAAAUAAAGUCAAGCCGCGACCUUCAAA